UCCAGCCAAUGAGAAGGCGCCGGGGUGGCUGGCGGGUGGCGCGCGGAGGGGACCGGGCCAUGGCGACGCUAACUGUCCCUCCGCAGCGGGGGACCGGCGAGACCCGGAUGGCCCUGGUAACGGUCCUCGCGCUGCUCCUACUCUUGCCGGGCGUGGCUGGUGCAUCAUGCUGUUACCUUGCAAAGGGUAACUUAAUGUGCCGUGAUGUUUGUGAACAGAUUUUGACAUCUAAGAGUGAUUCUCAUUUGAAACAUCUGUUGCAACGUGCACCUGAAUAUUGUCCAGAAACAAUGGGAGAGGUUUGGGGAUGCAUAAAUUCUUCUUUGCCAGGUGUUUUGAAGAAAUCUGAUGGUUGGGUUGGCUUAGGUUGCUGUGAGUUAGCCAUUGUUGUAGAAUGUCGACAAGCAUGUAAACAGGCAUCUUCAAAAAAUGACAUUUUGAAAAUUUGCAGGAAAGAAUAUGAGAAUGCCCUUUUUAGUUGCAUAAACAGAAAUGAAAUGGGAUCAGUUUGUUGCAGUUACGCUGUUCAUCACACAAACUGCAGGGAAUAUUGCCAAGCAAUCUUUCGAACAGACUCAUCUCCAGGUCCUUCCCAAAUAAAAGCUGUUGAAAAUUACUGUGCCUCUGUUAGCCCACAGUUAAUUCAUUGUGUGAACAACUACACACAAUCCUAUCCAAUGAGAAAUUCAACAGACAGUUUGUACUGCUGUGACAGAGCCGAAGAUUAUGCUUGCCAAACAGCUUGUAAAAGGAUUUUGAUGUCAAUGAAAACAGAACUUGAAAUUGUGGAUGGACUUAUUGAAAGCUGUAAAACAAUGCCCCUUCCCCAGGAUCCUCUCUGGCAAUGUUUCUUGGAGAGCUCAAGAUCAGUUCACCCUGGAGUUACUCUACAUCCUCCCCCUUCAACAGGCAUGGAUGGUGCUAAGUUGCACUGCUGUUCCAAGGCAAAUACUUCUACAUGUAGAGAUUUAUGCACUAAACUUUAUAGCAGCAGCUGGGGCAAUACGCAGAGCUGGCAAGAAUUUGAUCGUUUUUGUGAGUAUAACCCAGUCGAAGUUUCCAUGUUGACCUGUUUAGCAGAUGUACGUGAACCUUGUCAGCUGGGAUGUAGAAAUCUUACUUACUGCACUAAUUUUAAUAACAGGCCAACUGAACUCUUCAGGAGCUGUAAUGCCCAAUCAGAUCAAGGAGCUAUGAAUGACAUAAAACUUUGGGAGAAGGGAAGCAUCAAGAUGCCAUUUAUAAAUAUUCCUGUUCUUGAUAUUAAAACAUGCCAACCAGAAAUGUGGAAGGCAAUUGCUUGUUCACUGCAGAUUAAACCUUGUCACAGUAAAUCUAGAGGAAGUAUUAUUUGCAAGUCAGACUGUGUGGAAAUUCUCAAGAAAUGUGGAGACUUAAGCAAGUUUCCUGAAGGGCAUAUGGCUGAAAGCAUUUGUGAACUUUUGUCUCCAACAGAUGACUUGGAGACUUGCAUACCCUUAAACACAUAUAUUCGUCCAAGUACUUUAGGUAACAUUGUGGAGGAUGUUACACACCCCUGCAACCCAAAUCCUUGUGCUGCCAAUCAGUUGUGUGAAGUAAACAGAAAGGGUUGUCAACCUGGGGAACCCUGUCUUCCUUAUUUUUGUGUGCAGGGCUGCAAGUUGGGCGAAGCUUCAGAUUUUAUUGUCCGCCAAGGUACACUCAUCCAGGUUCCAUCAUCUACAGAUGUAGGUUGUUAUAAAAUUUGCACAUGCGGCCAGAGUGGACUCUUAGAAAACUGUAUGGAAAUGCACUGUGUUGACCUCCAAAAGUCAUGUAUUGUUGGAGGCCAAAGAAAAAGUCAUGGAACAUCUUUUACUAUAGAUUGCAAUGUCUGUUCUUGUUUUGCUGGGAAUUUGAUAUGCUCUGCUCGUCAGUGUUUAAAUGAAUACAGCUCAGAUGAUGAACGUCACAUGUUUACAGGACUGCCAUGUAAUUGUGCUGAUCAGUUUGUUCCAGUUUGUGGGCAGAAUGGACGCACCUAUCCAAGUGCAUGUAUAGCACGUUGUGUUGGGCUGGAGGACAAUCAGUUUGAAUUUGGAUCCUGUAUAUCCAAGGAUCCUUGCAACCCUAAUCCCUGCCUUAAAAAUCAGAGAUGUAUACCAAAGCCUCAGGUUUGCUUAACCAGCUUUGAGAAGUUUGGCUGUAACCAGUAUGAAUGUAUGCCCAGACAAUUCAGUUGUGGUGACCAGUUGAGAGAUCCUGUGUGUGACACAGACAAUAUAGAAUAUAACAAUCUGUGUGCUCUGCAUCAAAAAGGAAAAAGUGUAUCCUACAAUGGUCCAUGUCAGUCCUUCUGCAAAUCAGUUGAUUUGGUGUGCGGCCAUAAUGGUGAAACCUACAGCAAUGUGUGUGCUGCAUAUUCUGACCGUGUGGCUAUAGAUUACAGUGGACCUUGUCAAGCUGUAGGAGUCCUUUCUGACUACAGUACUCAAGGAGAAUGUGUGUCUGUUACAUGUCCUCAUCUUUCAGCAACUGGAUACAAACCAAUCAUUCCACCAGGAGCUUGCUGUCCUCUGUAUGCAGGAAUGCUGAGGGUCUUAUAUGAUAAAGAAAAGCUGGAUAUCUUUGCCAGGAUAUCCAACAAAAAGCCAAUCAUAGUACUUGAAAUACUGCAAAAAAUCCGCCUCCAUGUUUCAGUACCACAGUGUGAUGUGUUUGGAUAUUUCAGCAUUGAAUCUGAAAUCGUGAUUCUUAUUAUUCCUGUUGAUCAAAAUCCCAAGCCUCUCCAGAUUGAAGCCUGCAAUAAGGAAGCAGAAAAGAUAGAAUCGCUGAUCAACUCUGACAGUCCUGCUUUAGCAUCCCAUGUGCCACUCUCAGCACUCAUUGUAGCCCAGGCGGAAGUUUCAUUCAAGAAGUUUUCUUGUAGUAGUCAACUUAUGCCAGCACUGCAUUUGCUCCUCUGGAGCCUUGUGUUUACUUUCUCAGCCACAGUAUACAAUACACAGUGGUAACAAAAAAGCAGGGUUUUUCAUUUGAGUUGCGAAAGACAUUCAGAACUGCUGAUAUAAUAAGUAUCAUACAUUUUAAUCUGAAAACAGAUUAUAUGGCCAGAGUGAUUGUUUCACUGAACAGCAGGAGAAAAUUGUAUUUCAAUAUUAUAUUAUUUGUGUCAUCUUAAUUUUUAAUUUAAAGUAUCAAGCUAUCAUGCACAUUUUACUCUGCAAUAGCAUUUUAAAAAAUUAUAUUAUGGUGCCAUCCAGUAUGGUUGCUCAGAGGUUUCCAAGCAUCCUUUUGAGAGGAGGAGGAAUGGUGGAGGCAAAGGUUACCUUGGUGCUUCUCUCACCCUGAAAAAGACUUUGAUAGUAGAAAUUGUCCAUCUAAAAUUUUUGCCUGGGCUUAGAAGAAGGACCAGCUGAAGCCCUAUCAGGAUUCAUCAAAUCUCAGUGGAGCCUCAUUCCUUCCUGCCUCAGACCUUGGAAUGCUCAUCAAAUGAAACUGGUCUGGUGACCUCAGAGCUGUAGCCAGCAUAGAGAGAACUGUGCUGGCUUUGCGGGUGGAGGGAGGGGCCACCAAGGUUGGAGCCACAGUUCCAAUGUCGAAGCACAUUUCUGAGGUCAGAGCUAGGAAUCCAGCCUCUCCUGUGGCUGGCUAGACUGUGCCUAGUGGUCAUAGGAUUCCGCCUUUGGUUUCCUAGUUAUGCCUGUUUUAUAUGUACACACUCAUUUCUUUCGACUCACUGCCCUUUUUGGACAGACAGUUUGGAGGUUUCUGUAGUGCUCCAACAAUUCACAAGUAUUUUGGACCAAAGAUGUUAUUAGGAAAAAAAAUAAAUGUGUGCAAAACAGACAUUGCUCUGUCAUACUGCUUUUUGGCUCUCUGGGAAAGAAAUCAUCCUCCGUCUCAGACCUCAGGCUGCAACCCAGCACAUAAAUUCAUAGAAUUUAAGCAGCCUAACUACAUAUAUUUCUUUGGAAGUAUGUCCCACUGUGCUUGAAUGCACAUCAGACUUAAGUCUUAAUAACUUCUCAUCUGUACUUUAAAGUAUAUGGAGUUUCUAACACAGUAAGUCAGUCUUAUCCAAAGAUAGUUGUGGGCAUGGCAAGUAUUGCACAGGAAAAAUGGUAUGCAGGGAUGUGCACCAUCAUCUGUGCUGUGCAGGACUGGCUGAGAGCACAUUUCCCUACCAUUUUGCACCCACAUCCACUAGUGAAGGUUGAUGCACACACAGCAGCAUUCUAGGCUUACCUGUAUGCAGGAAAGGUUGUUGUUUAAUCUGUCUAGUGUAUAGUUUCUGCAUACAGAGCACUUGUUCUAUACAUGCCAGUUCUUUACUGUGAAGGCAAAAUAAUUGCUGGAUUAAGGUGAUUUUUCAUUUUCCUGAAAGAGGACAUUGUUGUGCAAAUAUUUUGUUUUCAGCAGUAAAUACUGUAUAAAAUUGACAAUUAUUAUUUUUAUAUCACUUAGAGGUAUAUCAUUCAGAAUAAACAUAUACUUAUUUUAAAUAAAGUUUUGAAGGAAACAAAUUGCUGCUACUUAACUAAUCUACCAAAAAUGAAUUGACUAGGUAAUUGUUCAUGUAAAUGCAUUAUAUAUUUUAUUAUGAAGACUAUAGCCAUGGGCCUGAUUCUGCAAACAUCAUGUUUAAAAAAAAUUAUACAUGCACAGAAGGGUUUGCAGAAUAUUGCCCCCUUGCCCAGUUGUCAAUCAUGUUUUAAGCUAGUAUCUUCUUUACAUAAGAAAUGUAUGCAAUGUACAAAUUGAAGAUGCAAAUACAGUUUGCUCCUUUUAGAAGCAAAAUUACGAAGAAUGUUAAGCUAUUUAUACAUGUCUUUCUAGAUAUUGCAGUAUUUGCAUAUUAUCUAAACUUACACUUUGUAGUGUCUUAUACAAAGCAUCUAUUUUAAUACUUAGGGCCCAAACUAGCAGGAGAGUCUCCUGUACAAGCUCUUUUUAAGUAAGUGGAUGUUGUGUAAGAAUAGAGGAGACCUUGCUGCUGGAUUGUGCCCUUACCAUUUUUGUGCAUCUGUUUUACCUACAUGAAGUAUUUUGUGUCAGUAUUGUGACAGUCAACUUUUGAAGUGUAUACAGGUAGAAUCCUCUUUGCCAAAUUGUUGUACCUUUAAAAGAAAGCACUGAAAAUGAUUUAAACAUCUGUGUUGUUGUCAAGUGUUUGCAGCAAGUGUUUGUUUUGAUUCUUAUAAAAGAAGAAAAACUUUGCAAUGCAAUAUAAAAACUUAUAUUUUAAUAAAAAUAAUUUUUUAUUUU